AUGGCUAGCGUCCACGAAAGCCUCUACUUCAACCCCAUGAUGACCAAUGGGGUGGUGCACGCCAACGUGUUCGGCAUCAAGGACUGGGUGACGCCGUAUAAGAUCGCGGUACUGGUGCUGCUGAACGAGAUGGGCCGCACGGGCGAGGGCGCCGUCAGCCUCAUGGAGCGGCGCAGACUCAACCAGUUGCUGCUGCCGCUGCUGCAGGGCCCAGAUAUUACACUAUCAAAACUAUACAAGCUGAUUGAAGACUCUUGUCCUCAGCUGGCAAAUUCAGUACAAAUCAGAAUCAAACUGAUGGCUGAAGGCGAACUGAAGGAUAUGGAACAAUUUUUUGAUGACCUCACAGAUUCUUUCUCUGGAACUGAACCAGAGGUUCACAAAACGAGUGUAGUAGGUUUGUUUCUGCGCCACAUGAUCCUGGCCUACAGCAAGCUGUCCUUCAGCCAGGUGUUCAAGCUGUACACGGCCCUGCAGCAGUACUUCCAGAGCGGGGAGAAGAAGGCGGGGGACGCCGAGAUGGAGCCGGCCGCCAGGGAGGACGGGGAGAGAAACAUGGAGAAAGAGGAGCUGGACGUGUCCGUGAGAGAAGAAGAAGUAUCUUGCAGUGGACCACUGUCCCAAAAACAAGCGGAAUUUUUUCUUUCUCAGCAGGCCUCUCUGUUAAAAAACGAUGAGACAAAAGCCCUCACUCCAGCCUCCUUGCAGAAAGAGCUUAAUAACUUGUUGAAAUUUAACCCUGACUUUGCUGAAGCGCAUUACCUCAGCUAUUUAAACAACCUCCGCGUUCAAGAUGUUUUCAGCUCCACGCACAGUCUCCUUCAUUAUUUCGACCGCCUGAUUCUCACUGGAGCCGAAAGCAAAAGCAACGGUGAGGAGGGCUACGGCCGGAGCCUGCGCUAUGCCGCCCUCAACCUGGCCGCCUUGCACUGCCGCUUCGGCCACUAUCAGCAGGCGGAGCUCGCCCUGCAGGAGGCAAUUAGGAUCGCCCAGGAGUCCAAUGACCACGUGUGUCUGCAGCACUGUUUGAGCUGGCUUUAUGUGCUGGGGCAGAAGCGAUCCGACAGCUACGUUCUGCUGGAGCACUCUGUGAAGAAGGCAGUGCAUUUCGGGUUACCGUACCUCGCCUCCCUGGGAAUACAGUCCCUUGUUCAACAGAGAGCUUUUGCUGGGAAGACGGCCAACAAACUGAUGGACGCCUUGAAGGACUCUGACCUCCUGCACUGGAAACACAGCCUGUCGGAACUCAUCGACAUCAGCAUUGCACAGAAAACGGCCAUCUGGAGGCUGUACGGCCGAAGCACCAUGGCCCUUCAGCAAGCCCAGAUGUUGCUGAGCAUGAACAGCCUGGAGUCGGUGAACUCGGGUGUGCAGCAAAACAACACCGAGUCCUUCGCAGUUGCGCUCUGCCACCUUGCAGAGCUGCAUGCAGAGCAGGGCUGUUUUGCUGCUGCUUCCGAAGUAUUAAAACACUUGAAGGAACGAUUUCCACCUAAUAGUCAGCAUGCCCAGUUAUGGAUGCUGUGUGAUCAAAAAAUCCAGUUUGACAGAGCAAUGAACGAUGGCAAAUUCCAUCUGGCCGACUCCCUUGUUACCGGGAUCACAGCGCUCAACAGCAUAGAAGGCGUAUACAGAAAAGCGGUCGUGCUCCAAGCGCAGAACCAAAUGUCUGAGGCACACAAGCUCUUGCAGAAGCUGCUGAGCUACUGCGAGAAGCUGAAGAACACGGAGAUGGUCAUUAGCGUCCUGCUGUCCGUGGCCGAGCUGUACUGGCGCUCGGCAUCCCCAACCAUCGCCAUGCCUGUGCUGCUGCAGGCACUGGCGCUGUCCAAGGAGUACCGGCUGCAGUACCUGGCCUCUGAGACCGUGCUCAACUUGGCUUUCGCUCAGCUCAUCCUGGGAAUCCCGGAACAGGCCUUGACCCUCCUCCACAUGGCCAUCGAGCCCAUCCUGGCUGACGGCGCCAUCCUUGACAAGGGCCGGGCCAUGUUCCUGGUGGCCAAGUGCCAGGUGGCCUCGGCAGCUUCCUACGAGCCUCCGAAGAGAGCAGAAGCUCUGGAGGCCGCCAUCGAGAACCUCAAUGAAGCCAAGAACUAUUUUGCAAAGGUCGACUGCAAAGAGCGCAUCCGGGAUGUCGUUUACUUCCAGGCCAGACUCUACCAUGCCCUGGGGAAGACCCAGGAGAGGAACAGAUGCGCUAUGCUCUUCCGGCAGCUGCAUCAGGAGCUGCCCUCCCAUGGGGUGCCCCUGAUAAACCACCUCUAGGGAGGACUUAGGUGCCCCCGAUAAAGCACCUCUAGGGAGGAUGUGGGUGCCCCUCAUAAACCACCUCUGGAUACUGUCCCUGCGGCCACUGCAGAGGAUGAGGCUUUGGACUUGUCCCUGCCCCUGCCUCCCUGUUGAUGGCGGGUCUGUACCACCCCAUUUGUCUUGUCAGUAAACUCUCUUCUGAUCAGUC